UGACUCCCCCUCCCCCCGUUAAGAUUUCAAACAACAGAAAAUGUAGCAGCAAACAAAAAAAGGAUAGCUUGGAAAUAGGUCAUUUUCCCAUCACAGAAGCGACUGAGAAACGGUGCGGUGAGAGAACACAUCGAGACAGACCACCAACACAUGUAUGCGCUAAACACAGCCGCUCCGUACGUCGAGGGAAUAAUUUUGAAAUAUUUCUUGCUUUAACGUCUACCUGCAAGCCCGAAGAGACCCACCAGUUGUUUCGGAUACAGUCGCGGAUUACAAACCGGCGAUCUUAAAAGCUCAUGAGAUACGACUGAAAAAAGCGGGUACCUUUCUUGUGGAUGUGCGACGUGUAUCAUUGCUUGGCUUAGAUGCGAUGUACGCAGGAACUGACUUAUCCAGGUGGUUUUCAGCAUUGCAAAUCUAAAUGUUUCAGUUUUAUCCGCAGCUGAAUGCAGGUGUAUUCUCAGCAUUAUUGGCAUUACUAAAGCCGCCGGGGGAAGCAAAAGAAAAUAUUUAUGGAUUUCAUAAUAUUCUUUCCUAACACUGCAUGGAUUGCUCGGUAUAUACUGACUAAAAUACAUCGAAAUGCACCACAGAAAGAGUUCGCGCAGAUUUGUUUUCUUUUCCAGUGGAUAAAUGUACGUGAAUUUUGAUGGAUGUUAUUCGUGACAGAUUGUUACUAAUCCCAGGAACCAGAGCUACGGAACUAUGGUGAAUCAAAACGUCUAAAUGCUUUAUCUUUGGAUAUACCAGUGAAUAGCCAUAGGGGACAGUGAUAUUUUGGUUCUUUUCGUGAAAAUUUAGUGACACCGAAUUUAAAAAGUGCCCUAUUUUUAUUUGCUGAGAGGCACUACACUUCCAAAAAUCCACCAUUUGAGGACUGCUGAGUAUAAAUGGAAAUGUGCGCUUAAAAUCCUCUGAACGGUGAUUGACUCCACGUCGAAACCGUCUAGAAAAGGAAGACGUUUCCCCGCAGCCCGCGGCACAUCUGAUAUGUAAUGAUGAAAAAACCAAAGUUUUUCAUAGGAAUCAGGAAAACCGCACUGGGCUGUGAUUGGAAAUCUAAUCAGAUAUGCCUUGUUUUAGGUACACUGCGAAAAAAGGCUUAAAGAAGUUUUAUCUUAAAGUCAAUGAACACAAUUAUUUUCUCGAGACAUGAAAAUCCUGAUUAUCUUUGAGGACGAAAAUUACAGUUUUAUACAGUCUCCUGAUUAGUUUGAAGAAUGGUCGAGAUCCAAGGAAAAAAAUAGUGCAACCUUAAGGAAGGAACGUAUGUGGCACCAUGCGGGCAUUCCCAUGAAGGCUGUUGAUGCGGUGCCUGUGGAUUUCUCCAUAUGACUGCUUGCUGCACACAUCUUCAAAGAUAACCAGGGGCAAUAUGUUGUUCAGUGGGCUGAGCCAUCUGAAGGUCACCAGUUCGGGCCUGGCCUCAGUCGCAUCUGUGAGCCCUUGAGCGAGGCCCUUAACCCCCAGCUUCACUGGCGCACAUAUGAAUGGUGCCUAACAGCAAGUGGCACACAUCCCAGAAAAGACAGGGCACAUACAGAAUGGUGCCUAACAGCAAGUGGCCCACAUCCCAGCAAAGACAGGGCACAUACAGAAUGGUGCCUAACAGCAAGUGGCCCACAUCCCAGCAAAGACAGGGCACAUACAGAAUGGUGCCUAACAGCAAGUGGCCCACAUCCCAGCAAAGACAGGGCACAUACAGAAUGGUGCCUAACAGCAAGUGGCCCACACAGACUUCACAGACAGACACAAAGGGAAGGCGACCAAAGCACCAACUUUGGCUGUGUGACAGCUACCCACCUGAGCAGUGAUAGGCUUUAAACAAUUAGUUAGAGGACUUUGUUACAGCACUCCAGGACAUGGCUUCACACUGUCAGCUACCAUCUGACUGCCAAGUCCUUUGUUUAUGUUACUUCAUGGCUACUGAAGUUAGUGCAGUCAAGGAUCACGAUAUACAGUAUGAUCAAGAUAUAUGCAAAAUACAUGCACACAGGGGAAGUUAGCAGAGAAAGUGGAAAUAUAACGUUAGAAUGAGACUAAAUCACAAAGAAACAUAAACAAAUGUGCUAGGAAUGAAAAAAAUGAUAAUCCCGCAGGCAGAUAUUUGGGGGGGAUGUAACGCAAGAAGCUGGAAACAUUUAUUUGACAUGGAACCCUGAAGAUUUUUGACUGCCUGUAAUUUCAAAAGUUCAUUCAAAAUGUAUAUUUAUGUCUGGGGCAUCAAAGCUGAUUAAAAUAUAAAUAUUUUAUAUUCAAAUAUAAUGCAUAAUACAUAUAAUAUAACUUGCACUUUUUGUGCAAGUGUUGCUGGAGUGCAGGCCCCUAUAGAGCUGGUUCUGAGAAGCAUGUGAACAUUACAGACGGUAGUAAUGUGCGGUGAACACUUGAGGAUGCACUCCACUUGAGGAUGCACUCCAUAGCUUCAUGGUUACACCAAUUCACAGACGGGAACCACAAUCCUAUAAACUAUGAAUAUUAAACAAGAUGACAUCCUACGUACAGGAGCAGAUGAUGAGAGGUCCUAGGUGGAACACACCCCUGAACAGCCCCUUGUUUGUGCUGUUGGUGCUUGCCCUUCAGCUGCUGGUGGUGGCGGGCCUGGCACGAGCCCAGACCUGUCCGUCAGUCUGUUCCUGCAGCAACCAGUUCAGCAAGGUCAUUUGCACCCGCCGUGGACUGAAGGACGUUCCUGAUGGAAUCUCAACCAACACACGUUACCUGAACCUCCAGGAGAACCUCAUCCAAGUCAUCAGGGUGGACAGCUUUAAUCACCUGCUGCACCUCGAGAUCCUGCAGCUAAGCAAGAAUCACAUCCGCAGUAUUGAGAUUGGCGCUUUCAAUGGAUUGGCCAACCUCAACACACUGGAACUGUUUGACAACCGCUUAACUACCAUUCCCAAUGGGGCCUUUGAAUACCUCUCCAAGUUGAAGGAGCUCUGGCUGAGAAAUAAUCCCAUUGAGAGCAUCCCCUCCUAUGCCUUCAACCGGGUGCCUUCCCUGAGGAGAUUAGACCUGGGUGAGUUGAAGCGUUUAUCUUAUAUCUCUGAGAGGGCCUUUGAGGGCUUAAGCAACCUACGUUACUUGAACCUGGGCAUGUGCAACCUGAAAGAGAUCCCCAACCUUCUCCCCUUAGUGAGACUAGAUGAGCUGGAGAUGUCGGGUAAUCAGCUCUCUGUCAUUCAGCCUAGCUCUUUCAAAGGGCUGGUCCACCUGCAAAAACUGUGGAUGAUGCAUGCCCAGAUUCAUACCAUUGAGAGGAACUCCUUCGAUGAUCUGCAAUCACUGGUAGAGCUAAAUCUGGCCCAUAACAACCUCACUUUUCUGCCCUAUGACCUUUUUACCCCCCUGCACCAUCUGGAGAGGGUGCAUUUGCACCACAACCCCUGGAACUGUAACUGUGAUAUCCUGUGGCUGAGCUGGUGGUUGAAAGAGAUGGUGCCAGCUAAUACCAGCUGUUGUGCCCGCUGCAGCUCACCCUCCAGCCACAAGGGUCGUUACAUUGGAGAGCUGGACCCAAACUAUUUUCAUUGUUAUGCCCCCGUUAUUGUGGAGCCUCCUACAGAUGUAAAUGUGACAGAAGGCAUGGUCGCAGAGCUGAGAUGCCGUACAAGCUCUUUGACUUCGAUCAGCUGGAUUACUCCAGAUGGCUCCAUCAUAACACACGGAGCGUACAAAGUACGCAUCGCAGUGCUUAAUGAUGGAACACUGAACUUUACCAAUGUCACAGUGCAGGACACAGGUACCUACACCUGCAUGGUGAGCAACUCAGCAGGCAACACUACGGCGUCAGCCGUGCUUAACGUGUCUUCACUAGAGAACAGUGGUGUUAGCUAUUUCACAACGGUUACCGUAGAGACUACCGAGCUGUCUGACAAUGAAGAGAGGACUCCUGGGCGGCACAACCGGAGGCCCACCCCUUUCUCUAGUGGAUGGAAGACCUCCACUGUACAGACACCCUUCUCCACCAAAAGCACGGAAAAAGCCUAUUCCGUUCCUGUCACAGAUGUCAAUGAACGCUCUCUGAAUGGGCUGGAUGAGGUGAUGAAGACGACCAAGAUCAUCAUUGGUUGUUUUGUGGCCAUCACUCUCAUGGCUGCUGGUAUGCUCGUCAUCUUUUAUAAAAUGCGUAAACAGCACCACCAGCAGAGCCACCAAUCUCCCACUCGGACCAUUGAGAUCAUCAAUGUAGAUGAGGACCUGACAGGGGGACCAACUUUGGAGACCCAGCUGUCACUACCUCCUCUGGAGCAUGAGCACCUCAACCAUUUCAAUUCCUACAAGACUAUGUACAACCAUGCCUCUGCUCUCAAAUCCUUGCACAGUUCUGGGCAUGAACCUUUGCUAAUCCGAACCACCUCAAAAGACAAUGUACAAGAGACCCAAAUUUGAUUCUUUUCAUGAAAGGAAACUUAAAAUGGACAUGCAUAAAUAUUAAGCUUGGAGUGAACCAGUAUGUGAUGACAAUAAUUGCUUCAAGAACUGUGGUAUAUCUCCAUUUCAAAAGUCUUUAAUUAAAAAAGAAAGGGUAUUUAUUAUAUAAAAAACAUUGUAGUUAAAUCAAGAAAAUGAUUUAACUAAAUGCAAAAUCUUUUUCAGCAUUUAUGUGUUUUUUUUUUUUCUCACUGUGAGAAAGGACGGUUUAAGGAUCAAAUGCUUGCAAGCUCUAAUCAUUACACACCACCGUGGUUCCUCUAACCUCAGACAGACGUAGCAAAACAUAUAAGUGGUUUUUACAAAACGCUAUGGGUAAAAAUAUACCCCCUCAACCAGUCAGGUUGUCCUGGAGCAAAAUACAAAGAAGAUCACUACUUACAGGGACUACUUAGAAUUUUAACAUAUGUAAUCAUUUGUCUAGCAGUAGAAAAUUGGGGGGAAAUUAUUUUAAAACAAAUGUUAUGGCAAUACAAUGGUGCUGAAAAAAAUGAACAAAAUAAUUAAACAUAAUUAAAUGUCCACCGUUAUAGAACAAUUGAACCACAACAUAGCUUUUCCUGACUCAUGUCAUCCACAUAAUUUCAUAUUAAAAUAUGAGUGAAAUUUGAAUAAAUUUAUUUUAUUUUAAUUUAUUAAUUCACAUAAUGUUCAGGGGGUUAAAUAAGUAUAUUAAGGAUAACCCAUUUAUUUUGCUCUUUAAUCACCAUAUUAUGUGACUCAUUUGGUGAUGAUAUUCAUGUUUACAAUGAAUACUGCAGCAAUUUUCUGUAGUGCGUCCAUUGGCUUCCUGUAUACUUACUGGUGACCAGUGGUGGGCAGGGUUCCAUUAAUCUGCUAACCGCUAAUUAGUGAAGCUAACAUUUUCAUUAGCAGAUUAACAUUUCUGCUAACUUCGAAAACUGCUAGCAGACCAAUUAGCUUCUGCUAAAUUUAGUUCUGUUAUCUGUAAAUAUGCUAACAUUUUUUUUGCAGGUCAAGGUUUAACGGUCAAAAACAAUUGUAAACCCUAAAAUCAUACAUAUCUGUGUUGUGAACGUACCUACAACAGUCUAUCUGGCAUGCUGUUGGCUGACUACGUGUGAACAAAAGACAUGAUUGGUUGAUAACGAGUCAGAUAUAAGGUACUCUAGGCUAAUUGUAAGUGAUCGAAGAUAAAUUCCAUUUAAACUGGGUUACCCUGAACUAAGUGGAGAACAGGGGCCUGUAUCACAAAGCUAGAUUUCUUGCUUAAAUGGAUAACUUUCUGAGAAAUUAUAUAAAAAAUACAGUCCACACAAACACUGUUUUAAGAAAAAAUCUCCAUCCACAUGAAAAUGCUAAAAAUGCACUGUCCAUAGCAAACUCACCCAAUGUGAACAGCGCACACUCUGACAUUAUAAGCAAAAACUGUUUUCCCUGUCUACACAUCAACACUGAAAAUGGAAUUUCUGAAAAUCUUCACCCUGGACAGGGUUUUGCAAAAACUCCAUUUUCAGUGACCUAACAUGUCAUUCACAUGUGGACAAAAGACCAAAAUGUAUAGGCAAAGCUAUGUUUUAAAAAAUACCCAUGUAUGUGUGAACAAGGACCUCAACCUUUGUUCAGUUACAUUUAGCCCAGACUACCUUAAAUCUGACAACUUAUCCAGCUCAGCAAGAACUCCUACUUCGUGAUACAGGCCCCCAGUUGUAUUUUCUGGGUUCUGAUUGAUGGGGCUAUGGAUCAAUAAAGAGCUGAGACCCUCCUUUCUAAUUCUGGGUACAUGGUGCCAUGUUUGUAAUCUUGAAGCUGUGUCACUGAGGGAAAAAUGUCAGCACGGGCCAGGUGUGAAAUAGAGCUUCUCCAACACAAAACACUUCUAUUUCGCAAAUGGAAUAUCACAGAAAGAACAUUUCAACGCUGAUUUAUUCCAGAGACUCUACAGAAUCCAACAUUAGUGAUUGGGUAAGUCCUAAACACCCUGUUAAUCACUCUAGUCUGGCAGAUGGGACUUCAGUGUUAAACAGGUUAAAAUUUUAAUUCUCUAGGUAUGUUUUUAAGGGCUUCAGAGCCAAAAACCAAACCGAAGCUAAAUUCAUACAGUAAAAGUUAGCAGUUAGCGGUUGUCUUUAGCUAGCAUUCAUUUUAGUGGUUUAUCGGUUUAGCGUUAUUGAAUUAAACUUUGGAGUUAGCGGAUUAGCGGAUAUAGAAGCUAACUUUUUGGUUAGCUGUGCCCUCCACUGCUGGUCUCAUUAACAUCACAUAUAGCUUUGCAGGUACACCACUCAUUCACACCUCCACGAAUGGUGGCAGGUGACACCGGACAAAAGACAAAAUGCAUAAGUUGAAUGGUGAGGAAUAUAUUUCAAUCAGUAGUUUCCAAACAUUUGCCUUUGGUUACUACACACAAUGAUACUUACGUUAUUGAGUAUACUUUAUUAUUAUUAUUGCGUAAUAUAGCCACAGCUUAAGGUAAAGAUUGCCCUUUAUGGAUUAAAUCUUUUUUAAAAACUGAACAUUUUUAAAUGUUGUGAUUUGAUCCUUCCAUUUAAUUUACAUCAAAAUACUUUUUUCUUCUAGAAAAAUAUUAAAUCUGUGUUUUAUUAAUAUUGUUAUUAUCAAGACACAUUUAACAGGACAUCCAUGUUAUAUUUCGCUGUUGCUCUUCUAUGUAACGUCUAUCCUCAUUGAAGGUAGCAUUAAAGGAGUACUCUUUACAUACACAUGUUGUACAUCAAGUCCCUGGAAGUGUUUAUACCCUCAUACACAUAAACAUGAUCUUGUUUCAUGUACAUCAUUGCCAGUUUUAUUUGUGUGCACUCUAAAGAGUAUGAGUGGGAUGUUCAGAUCUCUUAAAAUCUUGAAAUGAAGUAUUACUCCUUUACUUUUGAGCUGGUUUCGGGAUUUUCAGGUUGGCUUCUAGUGGUAAAAUUUUGUUGUAUUUGGUCAGAUUAUGUAAAAAAAAGAUAAAAUAUACAGGC